AGUUAGUUUUUUUCGUCUCCGGCGCCGCGCCGUCGGGUCACCGCCCUCGGUGAGCUGACCGCCGUCGGUGGGAGUUUAUUCUGGGCAGCGACCUCCGCGUAUAUAUACGCGAAGAAUUUAGAGGAGAAGGCAACCAGGAGGGGAGAGAAAGAGAGAGGCUCGGACGGCGGAGGUUAGGGGCGGAGGAGAAACUUGGAGAAGGUUCCGGGAGGCGCCAUGGGGGACUCCAGCGGGUCGGUGUCGGUCGACGUGGAGCGGAUCUUCUUCGGCGGCAAGGAAAUUGGAAAUGUUUGGUCGAUGGGGGAAUAAAAUGAGCAUCGAGUAAGAACUAGGCAUGGUCCUCUAUCAGUUUCUGUAUAUGGAGACAAAGACAAGCCCGCGCUCAUAACUUAUCCCGAUGUAGCUUUAAAUUACAUGUCUUGCUUCCAAGGAUUGUUCUUCUGCCCAGAGGCUGCGUCGCUGUUGCUUCACAACUUCUGUGUUUACCACAUCAAUCCUCAAGGACACGAGUUAGGAGCGGCUCCAAUAUCAUCUGAUGUGCCUGUGCCAUCUGUUGAUGAUCUCGCAGUUCAGGUUGCUGAUGUCCUUGAUUUCUUCAGUUUAGGGUCUGUGAUGUGCUUGGGUGUCACCGCCGGUGCCUAUGUUCUCACCCUCUUUGCUACAAAGUAUCGGGAGAGGGUUCUUGGCCUAAUGUUGGUUUCACCUCUAUGCAAAGCCCCUUCAUGGAGUGAGUGGUUGUAUAAUAAGGUAUUAUUAAACUUGCUUUAUUAUUAUGGGGCACGUGGGUUAGUCAAGGAAAGCUUGCUUCAGCGAUAUUUCAGCACGGAAGUUCGUGGGAGUGGACAAGAUCCUGAAUCAGAGAUUGUGCAAGCUUGUAGAAGUUUACUUCAUGAGAGGCAGGGGGGCAAUGUAUGGCGGUUCCUUCAAGCAAUAAACGGGCGCCAUGACUUAACGGAAGCACUGAAGAAGCUUCAGUGCCGGACACUGAUUUUCGUUGGAGAGAAGUCACAAUUUCAUGCCGAUGCUAUCCACAUGACCACAAAAUUAGAUCAGAGAUAUUGUGCCCUUGUCGAGGUUCAGGCUUGUGGUUCACUAAUCACCGAAGAGCAGCCCCAUGCAAUGCUGAUUCCGAUGGAAUACUUCCUUAUGGGAUAUGGGCUUUACAGACCUUCGCAGCACGAAAGUAGCCCCCGGAGCACACUGAGCCCGUUCUGCAUAUCACCUGAACUUCUAUCGCCCGAGAGCAUGGGAGUGAAGCUGAAGCCCAUCAAGACUCGGAUCUCGCUUAACGUUUAGCAUGGGCAGAUCUUGGAUGGCCUGACAACACAGCUCAUAUAAAGUGAAGACUGCUUGGGCUAAGUUGCAACCACACAAGUUUUUUUUAUGCCUUCUGGCAUCAGGCACGCCGAGACUCUUCAAGCUGAAGGGCAGUUUUUUGUUGUGGGUUACUGUAAUCUAGUCGCUGGUGUAGGCAAGAGAAAAGUGUCGGGGUGGUUGUAGGGGAGGAGGAUGGAUGUUUGUUCAUACGUUUGUAAUCAGUACACAUGUAUAUCUCAACACUACAUCGUUCCAUACAGAAAAAGGAAAUGGUAAAGCAGAAUCCUGUCAUGAAGUCUCA